CUUUACUGAUUCAUUCUUACAUUUCACACAUCCUCAACAACAAGCAAACCCGCACAAUACUCAACUGUAUAACUGCACCACAUCUCCACACUUACGCCACAACUGCACAGCCUCCUGUUGCCACAGCAACCAAUCUAUUAUUUAUCCAGCCACGCGUACCAGCCACCGCUGCUCGUCUACCAACAACGCGUCGGCCAUCGCGAGCAGCAGCAGCCAGCCACCCGCCUGUUCUGUCGCAAGUAAAUAUUCUGUCUUCUGUUCUGUUCUUCUUCUUCUUCAUCUUCUUCUUCUGUCUGUUCUUAUUGUUGUUGUUGUUCUUCUUCUCGUCUCAGUCACUUCUGUCUUCUUCGCCAUGAGUGCUUACCUCCAAUAUCAGACCCCGUCGAUCAACCAAUAUCAACAUCAGACACCUCCCCGACCCCACCGACAACUCUUCCUCCCACCCCAACUCUCACCGCCCCGCAUCCCCGCCGUCCUCGUCCAGACCAACCACUCUCAACCCGCCCUCGCGCCCAAGCAGAGUCUGCACAGAGGAAACCAGCACCACCGCCAUCUCUUCGACGACGUCCCCGCCGUUCCUCCCGUCCCCGGCCACCAGCAAUCCAGAAAGACAACCAAAGACGACAGCGCGAUCCCGAACUUCAUGCUCAAAAAGAAGAAAGCGAGGGUGUCCUCGCUCCCUGCGAUGCCUCCGCAGCCAACCAUCGACGCCCCGAUCUCAGACGUGCCGCCGCUCAAAGAACUGCCCUCGAUUCCUCCAUCACACCGAUCGGCAGCCACUGACGACAUCAACUACACCGCCGCUCGUCCGUUUGCCGUGCCGCCUGAUAGAGUCGCUGCCGAUCAGCAGUGGCGCAAGCAGCAGAUACCAACAGCUAGAGUGGUGAAUCGCCAGAACGCUAUGAUUAAGGAGAGGUUGGAUCAGCAGUAUCAGCGUGAUAUUGCGAGGAAAGAGCAGCGGCAGCUCCAGUUGCGGCAAGAGCAGUCGCGGCAAGAACAACUACGGCAGGAGCAACUACGGCAGGAGCAACUACGGCAAGAGCAACUGCGGCAAGAACAGUUGCGGCAAGAACAACUACGGCAGGAGCAGUUGCGGCAAGAACAGCAACUCCGCCAAGAACAACUCCGUCAAGAACAGUUACGACAGGAACAACGUCGACAAGAUCAACUUCGUCAAGAACAGUUACGGCAAGAACAACUCCGACUAGCUGCCAUCCACAGACAAGAACUCGAGCGCCAACGCGAAGAACAACUUCGUCAAGAACAAAUUCGUCGACAACAGGAAGUUGAGCGGCAGCGCGGGGAACAUCUUCGUCAGGAACAAGUCCGUCAGGAACAACUUCGUCAAGAACAACUUCGCCAGGAACACCUCCGCCAAGAACGUAUCCGUCUCCAAGAACUCGAACGCCAGCGCCAGGACGACCUCCGUCUCCAAGAACUUGAACGCCAGCGCCAGGACGAUCUGCGCAGACAGGAGCUCGAGCGGAAAAGGCAGGAAACCCUGCUCAAGCAGCAAGAGUACGAGGACCAUCUUCGCCAGGUUCUCCAGCGCGAAAAAGUCGAGCAGCAAACUUCGUCGUCAGCAACUCAGCGACAGCAAACUUCGUCGUCAGCAACUACUCAGCGACCACGACAACUCGCGACCGAGACGGUGCGGCAGCAGCCUCAGGAAGCUUUGCGGGCUGCUUCGUCUGAGUGGAAGACGGUGUUUGCUUCCGUCCCUGAGAAAUCGAGACCCGCGAAAUGGAAACGCACAGUGAAGAAGAUCGCAGGCGUCGACGGCGUAGACGACGCCCUUGAUGACUCGGCCUCUCAAACCGCCUCUGAUACUGAGCCUCCCAACACCACCACCAGCCGUCCAGUAUCUGCCGACGCUGCCUCGCUGAGUACCCGCACCACGCGCGUCUCCUCCAACAUCGCCGACCGCGCCGCCAAACUAGGCAUAUUCCAGCGGAAAGAGCGGUUCAAUCUGAACGACGCGAUCUACGCCAGCAUCGGUAAGGACCCUGGUCUCGUGCAGACCGAGCAGGAGAAACGCGUGCAGACGAUGAAGAAACCCGAUCAUGUCAUCCGCACGCCGGCCACCAAGCGGCCGCUCCAUAGAGUCCCGGUCUUGGCUGACCAGUCGGAUCCGCUGUUCAAGACCCCGAUCUGGCUUGAGAAGAUAGAAGAUGACGCCUCGAGCGUGUGCAGCUGCAGCGACAGUAACUGCAACAGCAAGGCCGACGACUUUAGCGAUUCGGAAUACGACGAGCUCGUUGUCCAGAUCCGUCAGAACCCCGCAAAGGAAAAUAAGGAUUACGUGGUCAGCCGUCGUCUGGCUUCCGCUUCAAAGUCAAAGCCGGCAGUCGCAGGCGCAUGGCCGGCUCUGCAGCGAUCUCCUCGAAGAUCUUCGAUGUCCUCAUGCUCCUCGUCCGAGAGUUCAAUCAGACCAAAUACCCCCGUGCAGGAAGACGAACCUGUGCCUGUCACCGCAUCCGGUCGUCUCAAGAUCGAUCUGGAGUCGAUGGUCUUGUCGCGGCUGUCAAAGAGCGCUGCUCGCGAUCGGCAAGCGGGAGUAAAUGCUGCGAAUGUGCCUGAUCGCAGUGUUUUAAGUAAACAGCACCCGUUAAACGACGAUUUGGUGGAUCAGAAUGAGUUUAAAAAGGAUGAGAGACGCAAAAGUUCAGGACGUUGGAUGUCGGUGAUGACAAAGUCCAUCUCGGAGAUCCGAGGGAACAAAAAACCGAAAUCGCAACCACUCCCCGACUCCAGCACCGACGAUCACCCCACGACACUUCCCUCCUCCCCAACCCACCCCACCCCGCCCCCACGACGUCUCGCCGAAGCCUUUCUCGACCUGACGACCCAAAUCCUCCCUGCUCCCUUCCAACUCCUCGCGAUCCCCGUCACAUUCACGCACUUCCUCUGCACCCUCAUCCUUCUCCCUCCCGGCAGCAGCGACAGCAACAACAACAGCAGCAUCAGCAGCGAGAGCCUCGAGCGGCGGCAGAACCUGCGCGCGACGGCGAUGGACCUGGUUGUUUGCGCGGAGCUGAUGGUGUGUGUCGGGCUGAUGUACGCGUUCUUGAAGUUGGUGGAGAGAGUGUGUGCUGUCGUCGCGGUGAUUUGUUAUCCUGCGGUCGCGAUCCUGCGGGUUUUGUCGGGGUCCCGUUGAUAUAAUAAGUUUUAUUGCUCUUAUUUAUAUUUAAUACUUGCAUUUAUGGACGACGCAUUUAGAUUCUGUUCUGGAGUUUGCAAUUUCUUAAUGUUGUAUCGCUAUAUCAUAGAUUUUAAUUAAUAGUACA